GCUGUCACUGUUUAAAAACAAACAGCUGAGGCCACGCCCCCACACAGGCUGACUUACCGCUGCAGCCUGCCUCAAGUGGCCAUCAGAGGAACUGCGGUUCUUGAUUAGCUACAUUUGUCAGUCUCUGCUGCACACGCCUCCCCGUAGACUGAUCGCUGUUACCUGGCGUGCAGCUAUGAUCUGCUACUCUUCAGCGUUUCUGAAUUUCUUUCAGUGUAAAUGUUUCCAAAAGCUGUUGGAGCAGCUGAGGACGGCACCGGUUCUCCUUACUUACUUUGUCAAGAGUCACGUUAAAGAUUUAAAUUCUGUGCACUUGUGCUCGGGGCCCAUCUACAAAUAUUUGAUUCUUAACAUUAUUUUCCAAAUUAAAUGUAGUGAAGGAGCAGAUGAGCGAUCCAGAUGUUUCAGCACAGAAGUGCUUCCUCUAAAUCAGUCAAACAUGUUCUUUCCUGCCCUGGAUUCACAAUCUGGGGAAAAGUUCCCCUCCAUCUUGCAGCUCUGUGUCCUCCAGGAGGGGCUUGGCCCACAGUUUGAGGGUCACACUGGUCGAUGCUCUCUGUCUGGUUCUCUCAGAGACUCCACCGAUGAUGAGCGGCCCAUAAAGAGGAGGAUCCCCACAGCGAGGCAGCAAAGUCCGAGCGGCCGCUCAGGAAGGGAAGCAGAACGAGGAGAGCGCCCCAGCAGUGACGACAGUGCUUACCUGGACUCUGAACUCAGUGAAGCAGACCUGAUGUACCAGGACAAACCCGGGUCAGGCGAGUCCGACAGCGACCACUCCUUUAACUCGGCUCUCUCAGAGCACGAGUCCCUCGCCUCAGUCGUCAUUCACCGACCCGACCGUGCUCACAACCUCCAGGACCCUCCACAACCAUCGGCUUCUCUCUGGGCUCCCGGACCAUGAAGCUCAGCCAGAUGUUAUAAUAAAGCAAAUUUACACAUGAAAUACCCGAUAACAAAA